AUGGAAGGUAUAGUGACAGAAUGUCCUUAUGUGGUUGGCAAUGAGAUAGUCCUCCACAUUGACAGGCAGCAGGCUAAAGCUACAAUAACGCAUAUCUUUGAACCGUUCACAUUUUCAUGUGCGAUGGUCGUCCUGUUGGACCGUCCCUCCCAGUCUCUACAUUUGAACGGCCAUAUGGUUUUAAAGCUCUAUGACCGUCGUUUUGCAACAGGCUUCAGAGAUGAUCAGAAAAGCAACCCCUGGACUCCAAAUAUUGAACAGCAGUACCAGUAA